AAUAAAAAUAAACAACAAAUAUAAAUAUUAAAAUGGCAUCUUCACUUUCAUCCUACUGGGUAAAAUUUUUCACAGCAGCUGGUUUUCCAUUAGACGUAGCAACAAAACACGCUGUAGUAUUUUCCAACAAUCGUAUAAAGCCAGACAUGCUUCCGGAUUUAGACAAACCAAGUUUAAAAGAAAUGGGAAUAGUAUUGAUGGGUGAUAUGAUAGCAAUAUUACGGUACGCUAAAAAAGUAAGUGAAGAGAUGACUUGCGAGCGUUUUUUAGUAGAUUCUGUCGACCCAACUUUAUCAUUAAACAAUAAAAAUCCCGAUAAUAAUUUAUCAAAAAUAAAUAAAAUAAAUCCAACAAAAUCAACUGUUGUUAAAAAAUUACCUUCAAAAGUAACGAAUGUUUCAAAAAUUGCGGAUAGUAGUAAAACUAAAUCACAAGUUGUUGCUAAAAAUAAUUUGAAGGUAAAACCUAAUAUUGUUGUUACUGGAUUGAAAAAAAAAACUGUUGGCAGUACGAGAGUUGUCGCUCCGAUAAAAAAACCUGAAGAUUUACAAGCGAAGAAAAGAAAGCUUGAAAUUGAAACUAUUGACAGUGAUUCUGACGAGAGUGACGAAGAUUUAGAUUUAAAAAUGAAUAAAAGGUUAAAAAGUGACGAGAGUAAAAUAAAUUAUAAAGUUGUUAUGAAUAGGCCGACGAAUGUUGCAACAAAAGAAUCUUUAAAUGUCACUCAGAAGAAAUUAAUUGACCAAAAAAGAACUGUUUUUGAUAGACUGGGUGAUAGUUCGGUAACUAGUACUACUAAUUUAAUUGACAGUACUACUUUUAAUAUUACCGGGAUUGGUAAUGACGUUGUUAAACGCAAUUCUGGUGUAUUUAAACGCUUAGGAGAUAAAGAUAAAAAAGAUGUUAGUGCUGGGAUUUUAAAAAAUGAAAUUAAUGGAAAAUUAAAUCAACCUCAAGGCAUUUUAAAAAAUAAACCUAAUAAUGUUGGGACUACGUCGAUAAGUUUGAUUAAAAAUCCUGGAAAAUCGGGAACUAUGCACGCUGAUCAUGAAAGUAAGAAGAAAAUUGUUUCGAGUAGUAUUAAACAACUUGUACGGACUACUAAAGCUAUGAAAUUAAAUAGCGUUACGUCUAUUACCAGGAAAAUUCCUAAUAAUAAAUUAGCUUCAGAACGACUAUCUCAACUACCAGCAAAAGCACGUCUAGGAAUGGGCAUGAAGCAAGUAACCUUCAACAAAGUAGCGACUAUAGCACACAUAAAAAAACCCGAUGUUUUCAGUAGGCUUGGUGUUUGAAUAUCAUUGUCUAACAAUAAAAACUCAACCUAAAUUAUUGUAAUUGUAUUUUUUUAUAUUUUAAUAAUUAUUAAAAUAACGUAAAGUUUCAUUUGUCAUUCAUUAAAAA